UCAUAACGAAAUCUGUUUGGCUGUCAUUGCAUGGUGACAUCAUUCCAUUCACCACACAAUCCUGGUAGGGUGUGGUGACCUUCAGAGGCAGGAGAAAGGAACACCUGUCAGGAAUAAACAUGGCACUGAAGCAGAAUGUGCCAGGGAAAAAAUAGUUUCCCCAGCUAUGCCUUUUCUCCAGAUACUUAUUCAUCCCGUUUUCAUCAUGUAUGUGGGCGACCAAAUGUUCUGAACAGAAAUGUUGGGGGUGAGGACUCUGUAGAAGGCGAAUGGCCAUGGCAGGCCAGCGUGAAGAAGCUGGGCAAGCAUAUAUGUGGAGGGGCCCUCAUCACUCAUAACUGGAUUGUCACAGCAGCACAUUGUUUUCGACUAGAUGACGAUCCCUCCCAAUAUACUGUGUUGCUGGGAGCCAGUAAAUUGGAGAACAACUGGUCCAACAAGCAGUCCAUAAGGGUUAAAAGCAUCAUCAGAAAUCCCCGGUAUGCAGGAGAAGCCACAAGUGGAGAUAUUGCCUUGGUGCGGUUGGUUUACCCCGUGAGAUUCACUGAUUAUAUCAUUCCAAUCUGUGUUCCUACAGCGAAUGUCAACUUCCCCCCAGGCAUGAAAUGCUGGGUCACUGGGUGGGGAGACAUCAGUGAAGGACAGGAUCUACCUCCUCCAAAGAAGCUCCAGAAGCUCCAGGUGCCCAUAAUAGAUAUUCAAACCUGCAGAAGACUUUACAAUAUUGACAUGGGUCAAAGUUUGCCCCGGAAACAAAUCCAGGAUGACAUGAUGUGUGCUGGUUAUGCUGAGGGCAUGAAAGACUCAUGCAAGGGUGAUUCUGGUGGCCCACUGAUGUGCAAGAUGAACCACGAAUGGCUGUUGGCUGGUAUUGUGAGCUGGGGGGAAGGUUGUGCUGAGAGAAACCGUCCCGGAGUGUACAUCCGCCUUACUUCAUACCAGGAAUGGAUUCAAAGGAUUAUUCCCAAUCUUAAAUUUGUUGAUGUUACAAGGGGUAACAACCGGCUCACAAAUCAAGGCACUGGUGAAGCUGAUGGAAGAGGACAGAUCUUCUUUAUCAUUGUUUUGCUUCAGGUCUUAGUUUGGCACCUUAAUCAUGUCUUAGCAUUGGUAUAGGGUGUGUGUGGGGAAAGAAUUGUCAAAUGGACAAGAAAUGAGAGUUUCUCCCCCUUUGCACGUCCUUCCCAUGUAUCUCUGAAACACUGAUGUAGUUCGAGCUAGAACGACAGGUUCUCUAUAACAUAUUGUUUGGCCCCAAGAAUCAGGACAUUUUUCCAGUCUUGCUUCCAGUCACUCAAGUUGGCUCCACCCCUGGAUGUCUUCAAAGGUGGCUUUGAAAAUCCCCUGAAGAUUCUCGUAAAGGAAUCUAUCCCAAAUGUAGUGCUCUCCAGAUGUGUUGGACUACAACUCUUCCAUGUAUAGGAAGAGGAUGAGGAUGAGGGCAUGUGGUUCAAAACAAAUAGAGGGCACUUGGCAGGGGAAAUCUGUUGUGCAAGAAUACAAUGCAUUGAGUCUAUGACAGGAAGCAUUAAGGGGGAAAUAUUCAUGGU